AUGUGGGCUGAAGCCCGGUGUAUGGUGUGGGCCCGCAUCACGGCCCAGUUUUCCCCGUUCGGAUCGACGCGCAAUCCUAAUUUCCCCGACUCCCGAUCUCCCUCUUCAGCCAUUGAAAGCGUAGGAGGUGUGCGCCACCAUCCGGAUCGUCGCAAGCCGUCUACCUCCGCCGAAUCCACCACCACGCCACAGACCGACCAGUCUCCCUCUACGGCUCUUCGGAUUCGGGCCGUACUUCUCGCCGUCUACUCGACCAAGACCAAGGCCCGCAACGGGAAGCCCGUCACAAUUUGCAUCCCUGAUCUCGAUUGCUAUUACAGGCAGAUCUUUCUAGAUGCCGAGCUGGUCAAAACGGAUGGAUUUUGGAAUGAAAUUUUGGUUGAGGAUGUUGAGAUUGAAAGUGUGAGGGAGAGAGUAAAGGAUUUUGUAAUCGAGGAACAUAAUUCAACAAAUGGGGGAGAAAAGUUGCACAAAUUCCUAUGUCAUGCCAUGGGAAUUACUGCAGCCGGUUGUUGUAAAUAUUUUUCCGGAGUAGAAUCAAGAGAUUCGAACACCGGGUCGUGUCUCACGAGGAAGUCGGUUGAACUGAAGUCGGUUUAUUUAUGUUGGCUUCAGAUAUCGGUUUUUUCGAAGACCUUCCGGAUCAAGUCGGAUAUCAACAGUGAGGCCCCCGACAUUAGUAGGUAUUUAGAACUUUUUGAAUAG